CCGCAGGUCGUCAGGUCCAGUUUGGUAUUUGGAUUCGCUGAGUACGAAAGAGUUCGAGAAGGGGCUUUUAGAACCUUUUCUGGGUCGAUCGAGAAGCGUAGGCUUUACUACUGGGUCAGUUCGGAAGCUUCUCCUUACUACGAUUCUGGGUCCUUCUUCUUUCGUUGAGGUCACUUCUCCUCUUCCACAGCCGCAGAAACCAAUCAAUCAAUCAAUCAAACCAGGUACCUCGUACGACAGUCACAGUUUGUAGUUUUCAGAAUGGUACUUCUGCCUUGUCUUGUUUUUGGGUUCGUUUGAUUGCAUCGAAUUGUGUCCAAAGCGCAUGCCUUUAUCAUAGUUGUAUUGGUUUCUGUGAUUAUUGAAUUGGAGAUUCAGAAACUUAAGAGUUAAUAUUGGCUAUGUGGGUGAUGAGAGUUGAUUAUGUUGUUGCUUUGUUGAACUGAGGUUUGUGGGUUACAUAGUGUUGAGGUUGUUGUUGUAUGCUCUUGUAAUGGCACUUGCAUUGGUCCGGAACCUACAGAACGUUUGGCCCUUUUCGGUACUCAAACCCAAUGACCUUAAGUUAUCUAAUGAAUUAGUAGGAAGACUUGGGAUAUCGGAACACACGAAGCAAUUUGUUUAUGCGGUUCGUGAGCCUGAGACGGGGUCGGUGAUUUACAUAUUGUCAGCCCAGAGUUUAUCAGAGUGGUCAGCAUUGGAUGUGGAGUGUUUGAUCAGGGAGGUGAAACCUGAUGCGGUCAUUGCGCAGGUGGAUGUUUCGACCAUGACUGAGAAGAUUGUAUCAAGAGGUGGCGUUGACAACUCAGUUCCCACUUCGUCGUUUGAGGUUCUGAAACGGUGUUUUCUGGAGAAGGUGAAUAAGGAUAAGUACGAGAGUCUUGCAGGAGAAUUGGUUUUAGAAGAGAUUUUUGGGGUCGGUUUUCAUGGACAUUUUUUGGCGGCUAGAAGGGUGGCUCAGGAAAUUGGGUCAUCAUUCUUGGUACUUGAAUUUCCGUCUGGAAAAAAUUCUGAUGAUGAGGAUACCUCAGGUGAAGUUGAGGCAGUACCAAAGUUUCAAGGUUUAGCUAGUAGUUUGGUUCCACAGAAAUUGUGUUCAGUUGGUUCAUUGAGUUUGAAGAGGUUUCACCUAACCAAUGAUGUGCAGUCACAGAUGGUGAAGUUGUUAUGUCCAUACAUAGAUAAAUCAAUAUUGAGGCUAAGUCCAUCCAGUUCUGUUUCCGAGGCGGGGUCAAAAUCCAUUCUGCCACUAUCUAGUUAUGAGGCCCCACAAUUUGCUCAGUCCUUUUACCCAUUACUUGUUGAUCUAUAUAACAUAUUUAUUGAUCUUCCAUCAAUGGGAAAGGUUUUAGCUCAUGCGCAAAAGAUGCUUUAUGAUGUGAACAAGGGUGUUGCUGUAGAUGCCAAAGACAUAAAUGAAGUAUAUGCCUUCCGCAUUGCUGUCGAGGGGCUGAGAAUUUCUUUCAACAAUGCUGGUCGGCUUCCCAUCAAUAAAAUAAGGAAUCCCAACUUGAGUAAGAUUCAAUUUUCCGAUCUUCCAGUUGAGGACAAAUCUCAAGCUCUCUUCGCACAGGCCCUUCGGAGCCAGACUAAGAAGUUUAAUACCGUAGUUGCAGUAGUGGAUGCUAGUUGCCUAGCAGGUCUCCGAAAACACUGGAAUACUCCUGUUCCUGUAGAGGUAAAUGAAUUGGUUGGACAGCUUAUUACUGAUUGUGAAGGUGAGGGGGGAAUGUCUAAUUAUACUGAGAAGAAGAGCUUAAUAAGCGGUAAACCAUUGGUGGCAGUUGGGGCCGGGGCAACAGCAGUUUUAGGAGCCUCUUCACUCUCUAAGGUUGUUCCUGCUUCGACCUUUAUGAAGGUUGUGACUUCCAAAGUUCCUGCAUCGAUCUUGCUCAAGGUUGUGACUCUCAAAGUUCCUUCUUCACUUCAACUUUUUAUAAGCCAAACCCAUAAGACCGUGGGACUUUCCCUCAGUAAGAUUCUUGGCACAUCAAAAAUGGUAGUUCCAAGUCUUGCGAGUUCUGGAGUCAAAUCAACAACUGUAUUGAAAGCAACUGCAUCUGCUGAGAAGUUCCGGGCAGUUGCCCACAGUGUUAUAGCCAGUGCUGAGAAUACGAGCAUUUCAGCAAUGAGAACAGCAUUUUAUCAUAUAAUGAGGAAACGGCAGGUUCGGCCAAUUGGUGUCCUGCCAUGGGCUACAUUUGGAUGUAGUAUUGCAACUUGUGCUGGGUUAUUUGCAUAUGGAGAUGGGAUUGAAUGUGCAGCUGAAUCUGUUCCUGAAGCUCCAUCAAUUGCCAGUUUGGGUCGUGGAAUUCAAGGUUUACACCUGGCAUCGCAGGAAGUGAUGCAGAGAGAUGGCACCAAAGUACAAAGAUCUAUUGACUCACUAUUGUAUAGUUUGAGGAAAGUCAGAGUUCAAUAGAAGGGUAUUGCUUCUAUCUAUGUAUCUGGCAGUUUUUAGGUAAGUAGGU